UUUUUGGCCGGGCACAUUCAAGAUGGCGGACAACCGUUUGCUCGAUUGACGUCGUAAAUUUCGGGGAAUUACUGUAAAGUUUCCAGGUUUCUUGGCCGUAAAUUGGGCGUGAAAACUUGUCGAGAACCGAAGGUGGAAGUGCAGUUCUAAAAUCUAAUCACUACUUUGUGGUCUUAAUUUGAUGUCAUAAUGGACAAGUACACCAAGAAAAAGAAGAUUGGAGAAGGGUCAUUUGGGAAGGCCUUGCUGGUCGUAUCCAAGACCGAUGGGAAGGAAUAUGUCAUCAAAGAGAUUAAUAUUUCCAAGAUGAAGAGAAAGGAGAAGGAGGAAUCCAAAAAGGAGGUGGCCGUUCUCAGGAAAAUGAAGCAUCCCAACAUUGUUUCUUACCAAGACUCAUUUGAAGAGUUAGGCAACUUGUAUAUUGUAAUGGACUUCUGUGAUGGAGGUGAUUUGUAUAAAGCAAUCAAUGGGCGGAGAGGCGUGUUGUUCCCAGAGGAUCAGGUACUGGACUGGUUUGUUCAGAUUUGUCUUGCCAUCAAACACGUUCAUGAUAGGAAGAUUCUACACAGAGACAUCAAGUCACAGAAUAUAUUUCUAACGAGGAAAGGGAUUGUCAAGCUAGGAGACUUUGGUAUUGCUAGAGUCUUAAACAGUACUGUGGAAUUGGCACGGACUUGUAUAGGAACUCCGUACUAUCUGUCGCCAGAAAUUUGUGAAAACAAACCAUAUAACAACAAAAGUGACAUCUGGGCAUUAGGCUGCGUACUAUAUGAGAUAUGCACACUGAAGCAUGCAUUUGAAGCAGGCAACAUGAAGAACUUAGUUCUGAAGAUCAUCCGUGGUUCUUACCCACCCGUUUCUCCGCGGUACAGCUAUGACUUAAGAAAUCUACUCGCUCAACUCUUCAAGAGAAGUGCCAGAGAUCGUCCGUCAGUAAACACGAUCCUAAAGAAGCCUUAUAUCCAAAGAAGAAUUGAGAAGUUCUUGUCAGACACGCAAAUGUCGGACGAGUUUAGCCACACUAUUCUACAUCGAAAUAAAGCACCGGGACCCUACGGAGCAGCAGGCAGACCAGCAUUUGCAGCAGAGAGGAAAGUUCCGCAACCAGUAAGACUGAGUGACCCAUCAGCUAAGUAUGGGCCAUCUGUUGGUGUUCGCAAACCCCCACCGGCUGUCAGGAAGCCAGCAGAGAAAAGAAAAGAGCUUAUACAGAAGGAGAAACAGCCCCGUGUGAAUCAACAAAAACAACUUGUGGACAAGCAAAGAAUGCAACACAUCAACAAGGCAAGGGAGGCCGGUUGGCGUGUAACGCUAAGCUCUGGAUCAGGGGGAUCCAAUGGCAUUGAGAACGACAGCCAAUCAAACGGUGAACCACCGAACAAAGAGCCCAAGAUCGAUCCAAACAGGGCCAAACCUGAAGUCAAGCCUUUCAAACCCCUCCAAGAUCGUGGUAACUAUGACAACUACCACAACUACCUGGACAAGCUGAGAGCCAACAUGCAGGGCGCUCCCGAGGGACAGGGCGGGGCUGCACUAUACAGACAGGGCGAGAAGGCGUGGCCGGAUGAGCAGGCAGCGAGGAGGAACAUCAAAGAGAGACCGGUGUCUGCGAGUGCAGCUGAAGCAGCCAGACGUGGGGAGAUGGCAAGGAAUGCUGGGGCAGAGGCCGCUGACAGGGCCAGACUAGUCCAAGAUUUCCUGUCCAACAAACGUGCUGCGGCUGCUUACAAGGCCCGAGCUGGCAACCCAAUAGGUGCAGCAGUGCCGGCACCAGCUUACAACAGACCUUCCCCAGCCGUCGCACAAUUUGGUGGCGAUAAACCCGGACGGAAUCACCAAGAAGAGGAGUACCUCGAUCGUCUGAAAGCGAUUCGGAUGCAGAAUUAUCAAGAAAGACGGAACCUCCAGCAACAGGUUGCCGCAGGUGGAAAGGCAGUCAAGGCUUCUUUGGACCGAGACGCACAGUCCGAACAUAGAAGGAAAAAGAUUGAGGCACUCAAGGCUCAAGCUGAUGAGAAAGCUGCCAGAUUGAAGGAGCAGCUGGAGAGACAGAGAAGAGAGGCUUACGAGAAAGAAAAGAGAUCAUGGGAGGAUCAUAUAAACAAGAAGAGAGCCCAAGACGUUAAGAGACCUGUAGCAAUGCAAGUACGAGGCCCAGCUGCUGCAGUCAUUCCGCUGACUGCAGUCCUUAAGGAUGUAGGAGUUGAUAUGUUGCCAAAGGAGAGUGCUGAACUGAAGGAAGAGGCAAUUUCCAAGCCAGCCAUACCAGACGAAGAGCAAGGUGGAGACCGUAAGAAGUGGGGUGGUGGAGGGAAGCUCCAGUUAGGAAAUCUACCCCUACAAGAAACAGCUUCAGGAAUGGAAGCAACUGGUGCUGGAGAUAUUGUGACAGUGAAUACCAAUGUCCCACCUCGUGGUGGUGGUGGGGGUGGAGGGGGCUUUGGUGGCGCCGGUAAACCCGGCGCAUUUGGCCCCCCACCACCUCUCCCACAAGGGCGUAAGAAGUGGGGCGGGGCGGCACAGACUGCCCUGAAUGUUCUCCAGCAGGCUGAAGUAGUGCAAGGAACGACUACGUUGGCAACUACUGAAUCAGGUGGCAAAGCACUGGGAAUCACUAUAGUAAAAGACGGACCAAGUCCUCAUAAACUACCCAUCGUCAAGGGAACUAUUACCAUUCCAGAGGCAACCAAGACAGGAGGCGACAGUGUAGAUGCAGGUGAUAUUGAGACCAUUGAUGCAGAGGUCAAGGAAGCACAACCAGAGGGUGAACCUGAUGUGCCUAAAACACGCUCAGCCUGGGACAAGUCUAAUCGCUCUGCUUCGGCGUCUCCUGGCACUGCUUCCUCACCCAAAGAAGAUGCAGAGCAAACAUUAAAGGCCCCAUCGUCCCCACUGAAGCCGACAUCCCCGUCCAAACCAUCUGAGAUUACUCAAAGUCCGAGAAAAUCCCCAAGACCUGACGAGAAACAAUCGAGUCCCGUCAAGACAAAAGAAUUUUCUCCAAGGAAGUCUCCCAGCUCCAGCUCCUUGGAGAAGGAUGCGGAUGAGACCAAGACGAAGGAUAGCAGCGCCAGCAAAGAGAAACAAUGUGAAGAUCAACCGAGUUCCCCAGUAACCCAGACCGGUAGUGCUACCCAUGUCGUCAACAGAUUUUCUACCCCGACCAAACAAUCAGGUUCCCCUGCAACAGGUUCUUUAACCUUAAGCACCCUCUCAGCCAUCCAAACCCAAAUUCCUAAAAAAAGUAGUUAUUUGGGUUCCGAAGAUGGCUCUAAUACCACAAAAACUCAAGAAGGUGCUAGAGAUAUGUCUCGUGCAAUCUCAACCGAGCCCAAUCUCCGUAAAACUCCCCUCUCACCUCAACAAAACAACCUCAAAGCACCGAUCCCCUUUGAUGACCAACUAGAUAGCCCAGAUGAUAUCUUGAUCCUAGAUGAUCCCACUGGAAGCCCAGUACAACCCGUAUCCAGCCCUUGUAACUCAAAACUUAACCCAGAUGCACCCAUUUUUGAGCCCAUGAGUCCCGUUGAUGCUUGGGGCACGCUAAAGCAAGAAACAAAGAUUGCUGCAGGAGCUCUCGUGAGCCAAGUGGAGUUGGAUAGUGAUGAAGACAAUGAAGAAGACCAACCACAAUAUGACGAUGAAGCCGCGGAUAGAUCAGAAGUCAUCGAAGGACUUGAAACGGGAAACUUUGACACUGAUGCCAGAAUUCUGCGGACAUGCUCGCUGCCGGACCUGAGCAAGCUCUUCCGCACCACCCUUGCCUUGAACCCUUUCUAUGAGGUAGAGAAGCAGACCAUGGAGAUUGCAGCCAGGACCCUAGAGCUGGAGUUGGCUGAUCUUCAAGUUCAGGAUGUCGAUGAUGAUGAUGAAGAAGAGGAAGAUGAUAGCAAUGAAGGAUGCGAUGAUGUCGAUGGCAACGAUGCUGGUGAUGAGGCUGAUGUAGAUGACGAUGACGACGAUGAGGAAUACAAGAGUCUAGUGGAAUCCAUGAAGAGCAUUCUAGAAGCUGCUGAUGCUGAGGACAACCCCACCAUAGCAGAUCAUAAGGGUCAAGGGUCAACUGGGGGGUCAGAUGACAGGUCAUCCAAGUCCUCCUCGCCGGUCGGAGCCGAGGGUGGGGAUGAGGAAGAAGAUGACAUGGCUGACGGGAACGAAUCGGGAGAGAGUAAACCUAUCAAUGAAGACUGGGACUCGGGAGAUGGGACGGACGGGGAAGAGGAGAGGGAAGGAGACGACGAGAGUCUCUUCAGUCGACUUGAAGAAUCUAGACUACAACUAGAGAAGGAACUAGGUUGUGAUACGUUCAUCAAAGCUUACAAAUCAAUACAGGCAAUCCAUGAAGAUGAAGAUGAAGAUAUAGAGCAAGGCACCAAGGUGAUUGGUAGCAUCCUAGCUGAGGAUCAAGAACACCUAUACACUAAGAUACUACAACUAGUCAUGGCUGAUGGAGCGUAUACAGAAGAUAAUGAUUGAAAGAUGUUUCCACAUUCCAAGCUGCCUCCAACGAGAAAUCAAAAUUAUUGUCGAAAUCACUGAUGUCUUUGAAGAAAUAUAACCACGUUCGUAAGCCUUAAUUUCUAGCCUCCAAGUACUGUCCACCUAUGUAAGUUUUCUAUCCAGAUAUAUAUAUUGAAGGUAAUGUCUUGUCUAUAGCUUUCAAAUAAAAAUUUAAAGUAAUGGAAUCAUAUAAUCGUGAAGAAAUAGUGAAACGUAUGUGCAACCCAUGGCUUGUGAGAAAAACAUGUGGCAUCACUGUCACAUUUUUGUUGUUAGAAUCACCCAUGUUUUCCCAUUCCAAUGCAGAAUUUAACCCUCCUAGAAUGACUUAAAGGCAGUGGACACUAUUGAUAAUUACUCAAAAUAAUUGUUAUCAUAAAACCUUACUUGAAUAAGAG